AUGAUUAAGUUUUCAGAUCUUUCACUUAUCUUCUUGCUUUCGAUCGCGUCCGUCCUCUUUGAAUCUUCGAGCUCCUCAAUAAUCAAUCCAUCGAAAGUCAAACAAGUUUCAAUGAAACCAAGAGCUUUCGUGUACGAAGGUUUUCUAACGGAUGAAGAAUGCGAUCAUUUGAUAGCUCUUGCGAAGUCGGAGCUGAAGAGAUCGGCUGUUGCGGAUAAUGCGUCUGGAAAAAGCAAGCUCAGCGAGGUUCGGACUAGUUCCGGAAUGUUUAUUACUAAGGGAAAGGCGAAGUCGGAGCUGAAGAGAUCGGCUGUUGCGGAUAAUGCGUCUGGAAAAAGCAAGCUCAGCGAGGUUCGGACUAGUUCCGGAAUGUUUAUUACUAAGGGAAAGGAUCCUAUUGUUUCCGGAAUAGAAGACAAGAUUGCAACUUGGACCUUCCUACCUAAAGAAAAUGGGGAAGACAUACAAGUGUUGAGAUAUGAGUAUGGACAGAAAUAUGAUCCACAUUAUGAUUACUUUGCUGACAAGGUUAAUAUUGCACGUGGCGGGCAUCGCCUGGCAACUAUCCUAAUGUAUCUCACUGAUGUAGAGAAAGGUGGUGAAACUGUGUUCCCCUCAGCGGAGGAGUCUCGUCGUAAAUCUUCUGCAGCUGAUGAUGACUUAUCAGCGUGUGCAAAGAACAGUAUUGCAGUAAAACCACGAAGAGGGGAUGCACUUCUUUUCUUCAGUCUCCACCCGAGCGCAGUUCCAGAUCCAAUGAGCCUCCAUGCAGGUUGCCCGGUGAUCAAAGGUGAGAAGUGGUCCGCAACAAAGUGGGUCCACGUGGAUUCCUUCGACAAGAUCGUGGGAGCAGGUGGGAAUUGCACAGAUCAGAAUGACAAUUGUGAGAGAUGGGCUGCACUCGGGGAAUGCACUAAGAAUUCGGAGUAUAUGGUGGGAACUCCAGACCUACCGGGAUAUUGCAGGAGGAGUUGCAAGACAUGUUGA